AUGUCACUUGUUGAGAGUCAGAAGGGUAUGACGGAUCUGAUACCUUGCAAUGAACAAUGCGGUGGGGACUACGAUACAUAUUCCUUUGGCCAGGGUGACACGGAGGUAAUUGUUACCAUUCCGCUUCCUGAAAAGACAACAUCAAAGAUGAUUUCUGUGGAGAUUACGACAUCUACGUUAACUGUGAGCAUUAAGGGCAAACCACCUAUUAUUUCCGGGGAAUUGUACAAACCUGUCAAAGCCAGUGAGUGUACGUGGUGUAUUGAGGACAAGAGAAUAUUAGUGAUCACUUUGGUGAAAACAAACUUUCAGUAUGAGGAGUGGUGGCCUUGUGUCACAGUGGGUGAGCGACAAAUAGAUAUGAAAACUUUCAAGCCCCCGAUUAAGCACGUUUCAGAAUUAGACGAAAGUGCACAGGCAACCAUCGCAAAGAUGAUGUUUGAUCAGCGACAAAAGAUGCAAAACCUUCCGACUAGCGAUGAGCUGCAGUUAGAGGAGAUAAUGCGGCGCGCUAGAGGACCAAGCUAA